AUGGCGGUGGGACAGAAGCCGCGGCCGCUGGUGCUGACGCUCGGGUGGCUGGGUGCCAACGAGCGGCAUCUGGGCAAGUACUCGAGCUGGUACAGCAGUCAGGGCUACGACACGCUCUCCUUUAUCUCUCCGGCCACCUCCAUACUCUUCCCCCAGUUUGGAAGGAAGCACGCGGCUCAGCUGCUGGACUACGCGAUUGAUCUGAGCGAACAGACGAAGGACGGUAAGCAGGAAAAGCGACCGAUCCUCUUCCACGUAUUCAGCAACAACGGGCUCUACUUCUACGCCAACGUGCUCCAGCAAGUCGCUCGAUCCAGCCAGUACGAGCGUGUUCUGCAUUCCACACUCGGUUGUGUGUUCGACUCCACGCCGUCGCACCUCUCGGUCGAGAUCUUCACCAAGGGCUUUGGCGGUGCUCUGCUGGGCGCAAUGGGCAUCACCAACGACGGCCGACCUGCCUACGAUCACUGGCUCGUCUCGCCCAUCAUCAGAGCGCUCUUCUCGGUCGCACUCGCCCCUCCCUUCCUGCGAAACAACGUCAGCUCCCUCCUCGAAUCCUACGUCCGCUUUCAGCCCAAGUGCCCGCAGCUGUUCCUGUACAGCAAGGGGGACGAGCUGAUCCCCUACACCGACAUCGAGCUCGCCAUCCGGGCCACCAACGAUCUCGGCAUUCCGGCCACCGGGAAAUGCUGGGAGGACAGCCCACACGUGUCCCACUUCCGAAUGCACCCGGAGGAGUACCGCGAGGCGGUGGCCCAGUUUGUUGAAGGGGCCACGGAGCGGUGGCACCACCACGGCCAACACACGGCCAUCGUGCAGCAGCAGCCCGCGCCGCUCUCUCACGCCGGCCUGGACAAGGUCGUCGAAGAGUGGAAGCGCCUCAUCAUUCACUUCUGA